AUGUCCUCUUUUGUGCAGAAGAUGCGUAGCUUUCAAAGGAAUUUCUCCGUUUCCCCCUUCCCUCUACUUCCCUUACAGCUUCCAUCUCCACUGGAAACCCAUGUUUGGUUUGUUAUGCCUGAUGAAUUCAAAAGUGUAUCUCUUUUAAAUCAAUACAUGGAACUUCUAUCUCCAUGUGAGAAAGAAAAUGUUUUGAGUAUGCGUGGAGACCAGCUCCAGAAAAGAGCCUUGCUUGCCCGUACUUUGGUUCGCACUACUAUUGCAAGAUAUCAGAUAAAUAAUCAUGUUGUUGAUCCAAGAUCUUUGAAGUUCAAGAGGAAUGUUCAUGGAAAGCCUCAGCUAGAGUGGGAAAGUGAUGAUGGCCAGUGCCCUUCACCGUUACAUUUCAAUAUCUCACAUACUUCAUCUUUGAUAGCUUGUGGAGUGACUGUGAAUUCGCCAAUUGGUAUUGAUGUAGAAGAGAAGCAACGAAAGAUUAAAAAUGAUAUCUUAGCUUUUGCACGGAGGUACUUCUCUCUCCAUGAAGUGGAACAUUUAAGUGCUAUUUCAGACUCUGAAGUUCAGCGCCAGGAAUUUGUUAAAUUAUGGACUCUCAAGGAGGCGUAUGUGAAAGCUUUGGGAAGAGGCUUCUCUGCUGCACCUUUCAAGACUUUCACCAUUCGCAUAAAGAAUGCCACCGAGAGGGGCUUUGAUUGUUCUGAUUAUUUAGAAUCUGGGGCGUCUGAAGUAGUUGUUGAAUCUUCUGAUCACCCUGUGAGUCUCACAAACAACUGGAAAUUUGGGCUCUUUGAAUUGGCCAGUUCUCAUUAUGCUGCCAUUUGCACCGAAAAAGAAAAAACAAGUGAUGAUGGGAUGAGUGCUCCAAUGAGAUUGACUGUAUGGAAAACCAUUCCAUUUGUUGAAGACGAGUGCAUUUCUGGAACCGAGGCAGUAGUACCCAUUGCAGGCUUGAUCAAACAGUUCUGA